AUGGCUUUACUAGCAGGAGCUCUGCCGGCUGCAUUUUCUCUUGGACUGAGGUGCCAAAAGGGAAUUCGAGAAUUCGAAGCACGGAAUUGGGUAAGACGAAGAAGAAAUAUGCAUCGAAAUUUUAAGGUUUAUCCAGUGAAAGGUUCAAACAGCCGGCAAAAGGCCCCUCUUGGAGUGGACACGAGAAUUCAUUGGGAGAAUGAGAAUGAGAGUUGUUUAGGAAAAAGUAAUUCCCAGUCAAUGACAAAACAAUUCAAAGAUGAAGAGAAACUUCUGAAUGAAAAAUUCUCGGAUUUACUCAACCGUUCAUUUGAUUAUUAUUACCAGUAA